AUGGUGAGCUCAAUUCGCACACCCACAAUUGAAGAACGUGAAAGUGGUGCUAACCGAGUCGAAGUUUACAACUGCACUUGUGGUAAAGAGGUUCGCUACCCGAGGUAUAAUGAUCCUGCGAAGUUGCUUGAGACAAGAAAAGGUCGUUGCGGCGAAUUCGCCAACUGCUUUGCACUGAUGGCUGCCGCGAUGGAUUUCGAUGUGCGCUUCAUUUACGACAUCACAGAUCACGUAUGGAUUGAAUUAUGGAUCCCCGAGUAUGAUAACUGGGUUCAUUGCGAUCCCUGCGAAAACGUCAUUGAUAAGCCACUGCUUUAUGAAAAGGGUUGGGGCAAGAAGCUGAGCUAUGUGAUAGCGUUUGGAACAGACCAUGUAUACGACGUCACAUGGAGGUAUACUGUAGAUCAUAAGAAAACACUUAAGUUGCGCAAUAAAGUUCGUGAGGCAGUGCUGAGCAAUUUUUUGAUGAAGCUGAACUCACGAAUGGGUAGCAACGCCACGCAGGAUAGAAUCAAAGAACUACGAAGAAGACGAGUUCGAGAGCUAGUGGAGUUCUUAGUUAUUGGAAAACGAAAAACAGACGGAGAAAACUACGGAGGAAGAACUUCAGGCGAUGUAGCUUGGCGAGCGGCACGAUCUGAGCUUGGUUGUUGUGUAAAAGAGGACAACCUUAUCAGAUUGUCUGAAGAAGAACUCAAAAACAAAAAAUUUAGUCUGGAAUACAACUGCGCAAGAGAUCUUUACACGAGAGGAUGUGGAGACAUCAAAGGCUGGUCUACCUACGCCAAUUUUUCCGGACAAAUACAGCGUAAAGAGGAGAAUGAUUGGAAAAUGGCUUAUAUUUGUCGAAAAGAGGGAGAAACUGAGGCAGAGGUUGGC